AUAGUCGGUAUUUUCGGUAUUUUUAAGUAACACAGUGCGGAGUUAAACCUAAUAAUCAUUUGAAAAUGAUUGGAUUCCUAGAAACUCUUUUAGAAGAUUUGGUUGAAUUUAUCUUUUCCACAAGUGGCCUAGUGAUUGUUUGCUGUUCUUUAAUUUACUUUAUCUACAAAUGGAUCGUAUCAAAUCACGACGUUUUUGCUAAACGUGGCAUUAAAUUCAUUCCACCUCGUCCUAUUUUUGGAAACUUUUCUGACUUCUUUUUAGGAAGAAAAAAUUUAUAUGCAAUGGUGAAGGAUCUCUACAACUAUAUGCCAGAAGAAAAAAUAUAUGGCAUGUUCGAAUUGGGUAAUGCUAAAUACAUGAUCAAAGAUCCAGGCUUACUGAAACAAAUACUUGUAAAGGAUUUUGAUCAUUUCUUUGACCGUGGUGUGAAUAUCGAAGAAGAUCAAGAUCCAUUAAUUAGUCUCAACAUAGCACUAAUAAAUGGGAAGAAAUGGCGAGAUAUUCGUUCAACUAUAAGUCCAGCUUUUACAGUGAGUAAAAUGAAAACUAUGUUCCAAUUGGUUUGUGAAUGCUGCUCCGACACAAUUGACUUCCUAGCUAGUGAAAUUAAGGACGGUAAACCACUUCUAACCAAUAUGAAAGAUUUAUUUGGACGAUUUGGAACUGAUAUCAUUGCAUCGUGUGCCUUUGGGCUAAAAGUCAACUCCUUUCGGGACAGAGAGAAUGAAUGCUACCGUCACGGGCAGGAAUUGGUGGAUCUUAAUGGAAUUCAUGGAUUAAAAUUUUUAUUCUUAUUGGAAUGUCCGAAGAUAUUUAAAUUCUUACGCUUAUCGUUGUUUUCAAAGAAAUUCAGUGAUUUCUUUAAAAACACUGUUUGGGGUAUAAUGAAGCAAAGGGAAAAGGACAACAUUUAUCGGCCAGAUAUAAUAAACAUCAUGAUGGAGGCACGAAAGGGGAAACUCCGCUACGAUGAUAGUCAACAGGAAAAAGAAGGAUAUGCUACAGUUAAGGAAAUUCGUAUUGGAGAAGGAAUGCAUCACAGAAAAAUAACAGAUGACGAAAUAUUGGCACAGUGCUUAACAUUCUUUAUGGCUGGUUUUUCAACAACAAACAUAUGUAUGUGUUUUACAGCGCAUGAACUUGCAAUUAAUCAAGAUAUUCAAAAAACUUUACUAGCCGAAGUUGAUGCUACAACCCAAGCUCUUGGUGGAAAACCUCUAACCUAUGAAGCAGUUCAGAAUAUGCAAUACCUUGAUAUGGUUGUUUCAGAAAGUUUAAGAUUGUGGCCACCAAUUCCAACAUCAAAUCGAGAAUGUACAAAACCAUACAGAAUUGAGGUUGAUGGUACCUCAUACAGCAUUGCAGUGGGAGAAUUAAUCUACAUACCAAUUGUAGCUAUACAUCAUGAUCCAAAAUAUUUCCCAAAUCCAUUUUCUUUUGAUCCUGAACGCUUCAACGAACAGAAUAAACGCAACAUUAUUCCAUACUCGUAUCUACCCUUUGGUGCUGGUCCUAGGAAUUGCAUAGGUUCGAGAUUUGCUUUGAUGGAAAUAAAAGCUAUACUCUACUACUUACUCACAAAAUUUACAUUUGAAGCGUCGGAAAAGACUCAAAUACCCAUAAAAAUGGCAAAAUUGCAAUUUUUCGUUAACGUAGAAAAGGGAUUCUGGAUAAAUUUAAAGCCGAGAAAUUAGUUUGUUUAGCAAGAUUUGUCUGGCUUAAUGAAAUUAAACGGUAUGUUUUAUAUUAAUAAACAAAAACCAAUAUUUACAAUGAAAAAAUAUGUCAUCAAAUUCUUUUAAU